GCGAAGCACACUCGUGUUGUAAAGCUCUUACCUAGUUGCCUAAACACUAAGCUUGUUUUGACCGACGCAACAACGGUUGAAAGAUGAGACUCGCACUUUUGUUGUGUUUCUUCAGUUUUAUUUGGUUGGCUGACUGUACACCACCGACAUGCUAUUCCCGAGUGCUCGGCUUGAGCAAGGAAAUAAUAGGCCUUUUAGGAAAACUACACAAUUAUCAUCGCACGAAAACAUGCGUUGAGAUUCUGCCCAAGAUGUUUCUGGAUGUGCAAAAUUCGUGCAUCAAUACCAAGCUCCGUGACUUCCUCUAUGUCAUGGAGAACCUUCCUACACAGUACUGCAGAGAGCGACCCAGGAUCGUGUUGUUGAAGCAGAAAGUCACCAACCUGUACAGAAUCAUCAACAGAAUCUGUUAUCGGGACCUAGUGUAUUUUACAGAUGACUGUGAGGCCAUUGAGACUGGCCAGAGUACCCCUCACUACAGAGAGGACAGGCUCCAGAUGCUGGUGGAAGAGAAGAGAUGAGCCCAUCCAGAGACAAACACAUACACAGGAAUAUAAUUGUGAGGGCAUGUAAACUCUGUUUCACUCACACACACACAUACAUAGCACCACACACAACUCUAGCUAAAAACAUGACAACAUAGUUUAAUUUCUAACCUUUAAGCCUAAAGAUUUUGAGUUUUUUUGUCCAAGUGAGGUCUCAUGUUAGAUGGCAUGUGACUGGUUACAUUUCAAAUGGAGAACUUUCCAUAGGAAAUUAGCUGAAUACCAGCUAUUCUGAUGAAAAGCUUUUACCAGAAUAAACCAAAAUGUUUGUGUGCAUCACUUACCGCUGCUUACCUACCACACUGUUCGAAAGGCAUGCCUUAUUUAUCCAAAUAUCUUGUAUGUUUCCAUAACUCUUCAUACAUACCGAGGACCCAGCUCGUACAUCCCUGAGAAAAGAUUGAUUACCUCAUGCUGAUUGUAUGACUAGGCCUAUUCUUUAACCUAAACUCUAGUAAUGUAUCUUGUUCAGAUAUAGACUAUACUUAAUCAUGAUUGCAUUUUCUUGUAAUUGGUGCAGUAGGCUAUACAUCUGUGUAUUAGUUAUAUGUAUGUAA